GUCUGUCGCAUCCAGCACAGUACACUGACAACAACUGGUAUACCUGUUCCCCCUCUCGGAGCUGAAGGGGCCCACACCACCACAGCCAAUCCCAAAGACCUUGGGAAAGGCGUGAAGUCGAAAUAAUUUCACCAUAGCUGUGCUCACCUCGCCAGUGUCAAUCGAUUACGGUCGCACGCAGCACCACCUCUCGCAUCAUGACGACUGGCAGUUCCCAGCCGCUUGGGACACACGCAGCUAUCCAGUCCUUUACACGGAGCCCUGCCCAACCAGCUUCACAACCAGAGCCAACACUGCCUGCUGCGCCGACAAAGCGAGAUCUCGCAUCCUGGUGGAAAACAUUCAAGCGCAACAAUAAAAAAGAUGAGGAAAAUAAAGGCCGAACUCAAGGCGGAAUCUUUGGCGUCCCACUCAAUGUCAGCAUCAAAUAUGCUAACGUCGCCAUUUCUCUCACCAACGACAAAGGCGAAAGUUUCAUAUACGGCUAUGUUCCCAUUGUCGUCGCAAAAUGCGGAGUAUUCUUGAAGGAGCAAGCCACCGAAGUCGAAGGUAUUUUUCGACUCAGUGGCUCCGCGCGACGAAUUAAAGAGCUACAGGAAAUAUUCGACUCCGCAGAGCGCUAUGGAAAAGGUCUGGAUUGGACGGGAUAUACAGUUCAUGAUGCGGCAAACAUCCUCCGUCGUUAUUUGAAUCAGUUGCCAGAGCCCAUCGUCCCUCUUGACUUUUAUGAAGCAUUCCGGGAGCCGCUCCGAAACCAUCAAGCCCAGGCUGUGGGAAGCACCGAGACGAAAGACGAUACUGGCGACUUUGACUAUGAAAAAGCCGUCGCUACAUAUCAACAACUCAUCAGAGAACUUCCUCCUUUAAACAAACAAUUACUCCUGUAUAUCCUAGAUUUGCUCGCAGUUUUCGCCUCCAAGUCCGAGAAGAAUCGCAUGACUUCAGCCAACCUUUCGGCUAUCUUUCAGCCUGGCUUGCUUUCGCAUCCAUCUCAUGACAUGGCACCGAAUGAAUAUAGACUCAGUCAAGACGUUUUGAUUUUCUUGAUCGAAAACCAGGACAAUUUCCUGUUCGGAAUGAAUGGCACCGCGGCAGAUCCACAAACAGUGAAAGAGUUCCAGAACAGUGCCGCUGCCACUGCCCCGACGAAGGCGGCUGGUCUACGUCGCUCUGCGUCAAAUGCUAGUGGGGGUGCUGACAGUUUGAGGAAAUACGAAAACCUUCGUCGGAACGUGUCCGUGUCGUCUCGAAAUUCCGGCAAUACUCAAAGUCCUGGUACACCUACCUCAACGACUAAUACUGUAAAGCGAAGCAAUACUGUUCCUUCUAAGAAAUCGCCUGCUUUGAUCGCCUCAAGGCGAGGCCGAAAUGGAGAGCCGACCACCCCAACAUCUGCAGGACUACCACCUCCUACAGAGACAGAGCAGAAUCGCCCAACCGAGAAUUUAACAGAUACGGUGACCCUUCCGACAGUCAACUCUACAGAGCCUAUCACGUCACAAACCGUAUCAGAACAACCGACGGAACGUUCGCAGUUCUUGGACCCAAAUGCUACACCAACGUCGAAUGUUGUUACUCCUACCAAGGAACGCAAACUGUCUAACUUCUUCACAAAGUCUCCACCUACCGUCCCGGAACAGAAAGAGGUGCGCCAGCCAAACCGUUUGAAGAAAAAGCGGAUCCCAGGUAGCACAAAUGCUAGUGCUCAGAGCUCCAGCCACUCUCUCAGUGGUGGCAUUUCCAAUGACUCGACCCUCCUGCAAUCUACAUCCCAAGUGCCAACUCCGGUGCCGGCCACCUCAAAUGAAGGUACUCCCACAAUACAAGAGACUGAGCCCGUGCCACCUGUGUCGACUGAGGGCAGUCACCAUCAUCACCAACCGUCCGAAAGCACACUCAAACCCCAUCGUUCUCGAUCGCCCUCGAUGCACUCAAAGUCGUCUUUCACCGACCACUCAGAAUUUGAGCAAGGUGACGAUACAUCAAAAGCAGAAAAGAGGGAACACCGAAAGAGCUGGCGGUUUCCUCUCUCACGACAAAAUCAUGAACAGCCUUCAUCGCCACCCUUAGUUGGGCUGAAUUCUGGAGCUGAAUUCAGCUCGAGCUCUAUUGGCAGCUUCAAUCAACCUCAGCGUAGCUUUGCCAACGACUCGCAUGCUCCCAGCACAGAUAUCACGUCAACACAGGAUACUGAUAUCGGGCGAUCCACCAGUAAUCUCCGCGAAGGUGCCAUAUCUCCAGAGCCAGAGAAGCGCAGUAUCUUUGAAAAGAUCAAGGCAAAGGUUGCACCCAAAAAGGAUGGCAGCGAUCGUGGUAAGAGUCCACAACGCUCGGACUUCCCUCCUGCAAACGAUCCACCCCAAGUUGAAGAAAAGAAGCAGCCACAAAUUGAGCAACCGACAGAGGUCGCUCCAGAAAGCAGCAACGCACCCGCGCCACAACCAGCGCCACAACCAGCGCAAGACUCGGUUCCCGUCUCUACCACUGCAGCUCCUGAGACCACUGCUGCUGAUCCUGCUGUUGCUUUAACUCCUGCCACUCCGGUUUCGGCUCCAGCCCCGACAACAGAAGGUUCCAAAUAAACGAUAAAACCGGCCGUCAGGAAUGAUAUGAGAUUUCUUUUCUGUUAGCAAGAAUCACGAUGUUGAAAAGUUGUUUUUCCUUAAUACCCCGUGUGUCGUAUAGCUUGUUUAUUUACUCGAUUAUUUCCUUCUUUGCAACUGUUCAAUUCCUCGAACACACGUACUUUUACUUUCGAUACCUUUUGUCCUAUGAGAUCUUGAUACCGCCUUUUUGCUACUCAUCACUUUUUUCACUUUUCCGUGUCUCUUUCUAUUGACUUACGUGUAUGACCUGAAUAGUGGAGGGUUUUUAUUCUUCUCGUGUGUGAGCGAUAAACUACUAUUACUUGU